AUGCCAAGGAAGAGUAAGAAGUCACAGGCUGUAAACCAGCACUGGCAGAGGGUUCGUGAUAUUGAUUGUGUGAGUACUGGACAAACAGAUGGUGUUCCUCAGAGUAGUGGAGAGGUAAAGAGGUCUGAAGUGUGUGAUGCUGUGAAACAGGGAGGUCCAAGUGCAUCAUGUCAACCACAGGCAUCUUAUGCAGAUGUGAGUGAGUCACUUGCAGCAGGUCCAUCUAACUCUGAACAGGUAAACCACAGAUGUGAAAGUAAUGAUCCAGGUGCGCAACAGGUAACAUAUGCAGACAUGUUGAAGAGAAAAGUUCCUCGUGUGUCAUGUACUGCCGGUCCUUCCAACUCUCGUCAGAUAAACUACAUAGCCCAAACUGACAAGCCAUUUUCAACCCAGGUAUCGUAUCCAGACACAGUUAACCACCGUAAUUAUCAGUCUGUAUCAGCCUCUUCUCAGGCAAGAAAUGUUAACGCUGUUAAUCAGUCAGGUGAACAAAAUGUCUGUGCGUCACGCAGCCAAGCGUCUCUGAAAUACGGCCGAUCCAGAAACCAGCAGUGCACCUGUAACUCACUGACAUUUCUAGCAUUCCUGUAUGAGAAAGAACACAUCACCAGAGCAGAUCUGGACCGUGUUUUGGAUAAAGGUGAUGCGAUGUACAGAGAAAUCAGAAAAACUGUUGAUCACGCCCAUCUGACAACCGAUGAGCUACCUGACCAGGUUCCCGCCCGCAGACACGUGCAGACUGUUGACAAGUUACAGCUGUCUAGAUACG